GUCAGACAUUCGCAUCAACCCCUAUUCAUCAUGUAACCAACGUGCUCAUAUCCUAUCUAGAUUGUUUGAUGUAGGUAGGUAGAGAAGAGUACUUCCUUUAAAAUGGUUAAGCGCUCCAGUGUCUCAAGUCUUUCAGUUUAUCUGUAAACUGUUUGAGAAUCAAUCGUAGUGAAUUGCUUAAUAAUAAAUACUUACAUUUACCUGAUAAAUCACCCUAAAUACAAAAUCAGUAUUACAUAGAAAGAGGCCCUCAUGUAUUCUCUAGCUAAACUCUACGUCCUCCUUGUCAUGGCGGUUGCCUUGUUCGCUCAUCUCAUUAAUUCCGAGCCGAUUCUGUUAGCCAGGCUUCAGGCACGACGAUACCAGGCCUAUUGUUGCUUUCCCGGCUGCAUCACAUGUUCAGGCUAUUCGUGCCAAACUUCCCCUUGUUAUGGAGUUGUAAGCCUAGUAUCAUCUCUAUAAUUUUCGCAUUUGAAGUUAGAGUAGAUCAACUUGUGUGUUUACAUUAGCAAUCGAAAACCACGUUGCUGACUCGUCUCAUAUAUGUAGUAUAGUACCUGUUGCGCCGAGGGUUACCGCAAAGAGCGGAACGACAGCGAAGCACCAUGAUGAAGGCAAAGGCGGGCAAUAGGAAGGAGGCCUUCGAAAUAUCAGUAUUUUCAUGGAUAUUUCACAAUAUGAAAAUAUGAAUCUCCGUUGUCAUGGCCGUAUUCAUAUGAAGAAGAUAUUAAUAGCACACCGGUUUCAUGUUGUAAAUGUCUUGCAUUCGAAAUUCUACCAAGUGCAGAAUGUUUCAAAUACCUAGCCAAUGAAAAGCUGCGGGGAAGGAAGCCUCGACUUUGCCCUUUACCACGAUAAAUGAGAUCUGGGUUCGUCGAUCAGGGUGCGACUUCUACAUUUGAUUGUAGCGGUCUGCCUUGCUGAUUCAUGUAUGUAAGUACCCGAGGUCAAUGUUAUUGUGAAAACAGAGAAAGAGUUGAAGUUGAAGUGGACAAU